CAAAUCGCACACGGGCAUCAGUUUUUGCUUGAUUGACUCAAAGAGUUCAACUCCUCGCAAGCUACUUUAUUUUUUAAUCUUGAACUUUCCAUUUGUGGAAUUUUGAAGAGUUUAUCGUCGAAGAUGUCUGACGCAUUCGGAUUCAUCAAGGACUUCCUGGCUGGAGGGAUCUCCGCCGGAGUCUCCAAGACGGUCGUGGCACCCAUCGAGCGUGUCAAGCUGCUCCUUCAGGUGCAAGCUGUGUCUAAGGACAUCCCCAAGGACAAGCAGUACAAGGGCAUCGUGGACUGCUUCUCCCGCGUGACAAAGGAGCAGGGCGUGGCAUCGCUGUGGCGCGGCAACCUGGCCAACGUCAUCCGCUACUUCCCCACCCAGGCUCUCAACUUCGCCUUCAAGGACACCUAUAAGAAGGUCUUCCUGGGCGGCGUGGACAAGAAGACCCAGUUCUGGCGCUACUUUGCCGGAAACCUGGCGUCCGGCGGUGCAGCAGGGGCCACAUCCCUGUGCUUCGUCUACCCGCUGGACUUCGCCCGGACCCGCCUGGCUGCCGAUGUUGGAGGCGGCGGCAAGCGCGAGUUUAACGGCCUCGGCGACUGCCUGAAGAAGAUCUACAGGGCCGACGGCAUGUACGGACUGUACCGCGGCUUCGGAGUGUCCGUGCAGGGCAUCAUCGUCUACCGCGCCGCCUACUUCGGCGGCUUCGACACCGCCAAGGGCAUGGUGCCUGCCGAGUACAACAACUUCUUCCUGACGUGGGCCAUCGCCCAGGGAGUGACCACCGCCUCUGGAGUCAUCUCCUACCCGUUCGACACAGUGCGGCGCCGCAUGAUGAUGCAGUCUGGCCGCAAGGAGGUCCUCUACAAGAACACCCUGGACUGCUGGAGCAAAAUCCUCAAGACCGAGGGGUCGUCAGCUUUCUUCAAGGGAGCCUUCUCCAACGUUCUCCGCGGCAUGGGCGGCGCCUUCGUGCUGGUCCUGUACGACGAGAUCAAGAAGGUCUUGUAAGAAGCCUUGAGAACAGUUCCAGUUCCUUAAGAUCUCAGGAAUGAUGUAAAUUUGAUGAUUGACAUUCCAGAAGGAAUGAGACUUUUUGAUGAGAUACCUAAUUUUGUAAUUGCUUGUAGAUAGUGGCUAUGUUUAAGUGCUAUUUAUUGCCGCUAUAAAACUGUGUAUUAGAAAA